UUCGAUGCUGCCAUGACCCUUGCUGAACAGCGGCCAAUCUGCUUCACUCGUGACAUGUUCGGUUCUCAGAAGCCUUCCACUUCUUCGUAUAACCCUCAUGAGCUGCUCGGGAAAAGGCAUGGAGAGGACGAUAGCGAUGCUCCUCGCGCUAAACGAAGAUUCGAAAGGGUGAGCGCUCAAUUCGAACGAUUCAGUAUUUCCGAAGAAGGCGAGCGCAAUGGAAGGCUGAGCAUGGAUACCUCGGAUUCUGAUGAUUCGGAUGCCGUGAACAAUAAGCUCUCAGAUGAUGAUGCAGAGGGUCUUGUGGAAGAACCUGAUGAGAAUGCUAAUGGAGGUUUGCUGCUGAACGACUAUCUCAAGGACUAUCUGCAGCGCAUGAAACAAGACGAUUUUGGUCUUCCUGCGAGGUAA